UGAGUGUGUUAGUGUAAGAAUAAAUAGUCAGAUGUUUGUACCCUGGUGCAAGAAAAUAGUUAAAAUGUAUAGAUUUAAAAAGGCUAUGACCUUUUAAUUGAUCAACAAACCAUUCGGCAAACAUCUCACUGGUCGCUCUGAUGACGUCAGAUCCGGCUCAGCGCGGAUUUUAAAAAUACCGUUAACUAAUUCUUGUUUACAUCCGUCAGGUAGUUUUAGCUCAGACUGAAACAUCGACACGGUGACAUAAGAUAUGUAAAAAAAAUCUUUUUUAGAAUUUCUUUCUUUUAGCUGUUCAAGGCAUGUAGUGACGCGUUCAAACAGCACGCGGGGUGUUUGCAACGUUAACGGUAUCCUGUCUUCGUUAGCCUAGUGGCUAACUGCUAUCCACCCAUAACGUUAGCUUGUUUUGUGGUCAAACAACAUCGAGAAGAGACGACGACUACCACCAACUAUUCAACGCGGGACAGAAGCUAGUUGACGUUAGCCAAUUAUCCAACAUGAGGUAACCUGGGGGGCAGCUAGCUUGAGUUAGCAUUCGCUGUCCAUGAUGGAGGAUCCCUCUUCUUGUGCUUCGUCGCUCGCUGAGCUUCCCUGUGCGUCGUUCCUCCAGCGGACGAUGGAGCAGCUGUGCUCCACACAGUGCCUGAAAACAAGCCCCCAAGCGGCAGCGGCGGCACCCGUCGCCGUCAUCGCACUUCAGCGGUACUUAUGUGAGCAAACCGAGGGGCAACAACUCGACAGCUACAGCUACGACGUGACGGUCACUGACGGAGUCUGGCGAGUCAAAUGCGUCGUUCACCCGAGUUUGAACCACCUGGUGCACACGAACCGGCUGCGGACAGGGAGCGAGAUCGGCAUCACGCAGUGCUCGUUCGUGUACAGCGAGAGGAGACUGGGACACGGUUACAUCUGCAUCGAGAAUCUGCGUUGUGGCGCGCGCAGGUCUGCUCUCCUGUCGCGCGUAAAGGACGUCGCGUUGCUUCCCAUGUUGGUGAAGCGCGGCAUGGAGAGGAGUGCGGUGCUGCAGAGUGAUGUUCCCCUUCAGGUGAGCCGCAGGCAUUACCUGUCUCUGUGGAACAACGAGGACCCGGAGGGGGAUGGCUGGACAUCCGGGUCUGCCCCAUCUGACACGGUGCUGGACGUGUCCAAGAUCACUCUGCUGUGUAGUCUGGAGUCCUGCUUUAAAAAGACAUGGAAUCCUCUCCCUCUCCUAGUCAAGAUAAUACAGAAAUCUAGGUUACGGUAUUAUGGGAAGUUUGGGCUCAAGAUUGAUUAUCCUUAUCUGGCGUACUUCGAAGUGGCCGACCAGAGUGGGACAAUGUCCCUUGUGCUUUGGAACGAACUUUGCCUUGAGUUUUACCAGAGACUCACCGUAGGCACCGUGUUGUACAUCCAGAAUUACUCCUUGAAGCAGAGUUAUACCAAACGAUCACACCCCCAAAUGGACCACCACAGAAUGAAGACUUUUGACUCUGUAGAAAUCUGCCUGAACCCUCACAACCCUACUUCAGUCAUCACUGUGGUCUCACCAAAGAGUGUACUGCCUCAGUGGGCGUUGCCCGAGGUUUCCUACCAAUUCAUGACCAGGUCAGAGUUGGAAAACAUGCCCAGCAAUUCUGCGUGCGAUGUCAUCGGUUUGGUCACGUUUGUUGGUCGUGUUGAAAGAGUCAAGAGUAAAGGGACCAAGGGCCCGGAAAAAUACUGGACCUAUCGCUGGAUCCACGCGGUGGACGGAUCGUCUGACCGCCCUUUUAUUCUGGAGGUUUUUUCCUCCUCCCAACCAGAAGUCUUCAGUCGUAUAUGCCCGAUGACCUACCUGGUGUGCACUCAGAUGAGAGUUUGUCAAGUGGAAGGCUCGUCGCCCUACCUCACCAGCAGCUGCGAGACCGAGACGUUCAUCACAGGCUAUCACAAAGGUCAGCCGUACGUGGGUGACCCCAGAGUGAAAAGCUUCAUCCAGUGGACCAAAACUCUGAAGGACAGCGUUGUCCUCCAGAAGACUGCUGUUGGAGGUCACUAUUGCUACCCUCGGCCCCCUCAGAAAUUCACGCAGUCAGUGGCGGAGGCCUCAAGUCAACCUCCUUUGGUUGCUGCGGCUGACCUGAAGAAGGAGUUAGAGAGCUUGCAAUAUAGGGAACACAAAACGGUUGCAAUUCAGGGACAGAUCACAGCAGUGCGCUACAUGAAAGGCCUGCAGGUCACAGAGUCUGGAGGAACAGAAGAGAAAGAGGCGGAGGAUGUUUCUACUAAAGUGUGUGAACGCGUUCCGGUACCAGACGCACACAGCCAUCCCUCAACAGCUGAGCAGACUCUGGCAGCCAGCCAAACAUCGGACUCUGCUGAGAAAAUCUCAAUAAGCGAAAGGAAAAGAAGAAUUCCAACGAGAAAAGCCACACGGUCCACAUUGAAUCGUGUCCGCGUGUUGGGAAAAAGGAGACAUACAGAGGAACGACAAGAGCAGGAAGAAGAGGAAGAAGAAGAAGAGAGUGCCUCUGGGUCUGAGGAGACUCAGGAUGUGGAAUGCCGCCAACAGCUGCAAAACCCAAAUCCAGGGAUGACUUGGGAGAGCAGCGGUUGGCCGGAGCGACGGCUGGAAGUGUCUGAACAUCUGGUUGGAGGCGGCCUGUACCGGGACAGCGUGUCUCGGAGGUUCGCGUUUGACGAAAAGGACGUCCUCCUGCAGCAGAGCAACCUUCAAGCGACGCGGUGGACGGCAAUGCGGGACGCAGAGGUCGUUGCUCCCGCCGUGCAUCCUGGGUACUACCGAGUAACAAUACUAGGCAUAAACCAGCAGAUAGCCGUCGAUGCUGCAUUUCUGCCCGUGGGGAGCUCAGACGAGCCCAGGGCGGUCGGCCUUCCUCAGCAUCCCCACGGCAACACCAUGCUGUCCUGCCUUUCGUCUGGCUUCUUCUGUCCACUCGACGACACCGCCAGCAGCAGCGAGUCAACGCUUCCCGAGCCAGAGGAGGUCCUGGCGACUGCCGCGGAGCUGGAGGACGCGCAUGUGGUGUGCGUCUUGGACCUUUGCCAUCUGGGUGGUGACGAGGUGGAGGUUGUGAUCAAUAAGCUGUACCAAGUGGCCGAGGUUUCUCUCAAUUAACACCAGCAUGGGACAUUCCUCUUGUCAUUGGUCUUUUGAUUGAAAUAGAACAUUUUUUGGAUCAAGUCUCUAUUUUUUAAAUUUUCUUCCGUAAAUUAUAUUAUUACUCGUUCCAUAUGUAAAGUAAAUAUCACAGCAUUCUUUAAUAAUGUUUUUCAAGAGAGUGAGAUGUUAAUCUGCAGUCAAUUAAAAUGCUCAAAUACAUGAAACUAUGUUUUCUAACCAUCUUAAUUCUACUGUGUUUACUGUGAAUUGUUAUUUUGAAAAGCGAAUGGUGUCUUUCUUCUUUUUUUUGGGAUGGUUGACAUUAAAUGAGUCUGUGUGAAGAUGAAAUCACAGGGAGGUGUGACAGUGGCUCCAAUGGGCGGCCCUCUGCUGUGUGAGAAAUGUGUUGAAACCUUGUUGCACAAUAUUGUAUACAAGUACUGCAACCAAAGCUUUCUCGUCUGUAUCUUUUUCGUAGAUUACCAGUACGAAGAUAACACGGCUUUUUACAAUAAGAACACAGUAGAGAAACAUUCCUGUACAUACAUCGUUAUUAUGAUGUAAAGAGUUCGCUCAGAAUGACAUACAUAUGUUUAAAAAUAUUUAUUUUUAAAAUAUUUCACAAUAUUCAGGUUGAUUUAUAAAUAGUUAUUUAUAUACCAUAGUUAAUGUCAAGAUAUUUUAGAAUGUAAACUUGAUUUGUUAAGCUUUAAAAACUAUUGUUUUAAAAGAAAUGAUGUUGAUGGUGAAUACAUAAACUAAACAAGUGACUGUGCAACACCUCGACACGCAGAGCCUCACCUCUAAUAAGACACUUCAUUAUGUUACA